CACACCGACGACCACCCAGGGCACCGUGUAUGUUGCUCGGCGCGUCGCCCUCGCUCAUCUCUUUCUCAAACACGACAUUGCCGAGGCAAUCACGACUGUGGAACCUCGCAGCCAGCUGCGUACGCCGCGCGAGGUGUGACUUCAGUGCGUCCCGCGGUGCCGCGAAAUCUGCGCCUCACACUCACCAUGCCCCACGCAUAAUAACUUAGCAUUUACGCACUGCAUGUCGUCGUCACCAAAGAAUGCGAUGCUAGCUGAGCACCGGAACAUCCCAUACGUCGCCGCAGGUGUCACGAAUCCGCUCCAGGAGUUUGACCUCUACGUACCAGAGAGGCGGAAUACCCUGGAUACACGCCCGCCUCCGCUGAUAUGCUUCGUUCACGGCGGUGCGUGGCGUUCCGAAGACAAAGCAGAACAUGCUGGGCUUGCUCGAAGACUAGCUGCACAUACCAACUUCCCUGUGGCCGUUUCCAAUUACCGUCUUACAACCGCCUCCACACCCAUUCGUCAUCCAGCGCACGCCGAGGACUUGCUGGCGUUCUUGCACUUCCUCCUGACCUGGUCUGGCCCGCAUACAUCCACACCUACCCCGCCAUAUGAUCCGACUCGGCUUUACCUCAUCGGCCACAGCUGCUCGGCGCAUAUGCUCACAUCUAUAUUCCUGCAGCCGCUCGACCCCGCGUCGGACUCGGCGUCUCGAUCUCCUACCCCGUCUCGCUCGCCCUCACCCCCGCCCUCACCCGUUCCUACGCCCGACUCGCUGAUACCUUCUCCGGCCUUGCUCGCCGCCACCCGCGCUGUCAUCAUGUCUGAAGGCAUAUAUGACAUCGACGGACUCCUGGUCACGUAUCCUGCAUACAAGACCUGGUUCAUAGCGCCUACGUUUGGUCGCUUGCGUUCAUAUGCGCCUUGGAACACCGCUUCUUACCGGUCACGCCCGGGAGCAGAGCAUCUGAAUUGGCUUAUUCUGCAUUCGAAGGGGAUACCUUGGUAGAUCAAGGGCAAAGUGAACGGAUCUGGAGACACCUGUCAGAGCUCUAUUGCGAGGACGUCGAGGAAGUCAACGGGAAUGGUCCGGUGCAGAGACAGUGGGAGAUGCUCACAGAGGAGCAUAACGAAAUGCUCGUCGGUGAAGUGUACCCGCGGAUUGUGGGUGAUUACAUU